UCUUGUACUUGUGAUAUGAUAAAAGUGAGGAGAUAUUUAACAAAUUCUUGGAGUGUGAGAGAGCUCCAUUUGCCUCUGGUCAUUCCUCAGAACACCAACAGGAUGUGGGUGUUUGUGUUACUUCCAAUCAUCACGGCGAUCCUUGGAAUAGGGGGUGCAUUUACAGUAUUUGCUGUAUCUGUGGCAAACGGAUCGGUCAACUUAACAAAAGGAGUUCCGUACAUCAGUGAGUGUGCAGGGUACCCACCUCAGAGCAGCAUCUUCACCCAGCUCUAUAACAUCGUCACCGUUUUAAUCAUCGUUAUCAUGGCGGUCCGAUAUCAGCAAGUAGCAGACUUUGGUUACCGGGGACGAGCCAAUGUUGCUGGUUUUUGGUUGGGAUUCCUCUCUGCUAUUGGACUGUCUGUCACCACCAACUUCCAGGCAUCUGUCUCCUUUGAGCUGCACGUGGUCGGAGCGUGUGUGGCGUUCACCCUGGUCAUACACUAUUUCUGGAUCCAGAUGUAUUUAACUUAUCGAGCAGAGCCCUCUGUAGACCGGCCCUGGGUGGGCCCUGUGAGGUUCACCCUCUGCAUCCUCUGCUCCAUCUUCCUGCUGGGCCGUAUCCUUUCACCGGGGGAAAGCCAUCAGCAAGUGUACCUGAGUCAGAACGGAAGAGGAGCUUUAGGCUCAGCGGAACAUGGAGCUGAGCAGGAAAACACCUGGGAGCUGAGGGAGAACAAACACUUCCAGAGGAAGGAAGAGGAAGAAGAGGCAGGAUGA